UAAAACUAUAUAAAGUUAUAAAUAUUCGUUAAUACCAUUACGAUUACGAAUUAAAUUUAUUUAAUUUAUAAAGCAGUAAAUUAAAAAGCUACUAUGAAAUUUUGGAAAUUUUCUACUAAUAUUUUAGCAACUCUUUUAGCUGUUGUAUCAGUUAAUGCCAGUGGACCAAGUAGUGGAGAAGCAGCAGCUGAUCCAAAUUCUGCUGUUGUUAAAUUAACUAUUGAAAAUUUUAGAGAUUAUCUUAAUGAAAAUCCAAUAGUUUUAGCAGAAUUCUUUGCUCCAUGGUGUGGAUAUUGUAAAAUGUUGGGACCAGAAUAUUCAAAAGCUGCUAAUUUAUUAAAUGAAACAAAUCCAAAUAUUAAAUUAGUUCAAGUUGAUUGUGUUGAAGAAGAAUUAUUAUGUUCUCAACAAGGUAUUAGAGGUUAUCCAACUUUAAAAAUUUAUAGGGAAGGUCAAAUGGAAACUAUUCAAGAUUAUGAAGGUCCAAGAGAAGCUGAAGGUAUGGUUGAUUAUAUGAUUCAACAAUCUUUACCAAGUGUUAGAAGUUUUGAAACUUUUGAUUUAUUAAUGGAAACUUUAGAUCAACAAACUAAACCAUUUGUUAUUCUUAUUAAUCCAGAAAAUGAUUCUCAAUUAAAUGUAACUUAUGAACAAGUUGCUAAAUAUAAGAGAAAAGAUCAUUUAUUUGUAACUAUUUCUGAUAAAGAUCAAAUUAAAAAAUUAAAUAGACAAGUUAAUGCUAAAUUAUCAGAUAAAUCUGUUACAAUUCUUGUUAUUCAUCCAGGAGCUUAUGAUGAUGUUAAUGUACUUGCUUAUGAUAAUUUAGAAGAAAUAACUAAAAAUUUCCUUACUGAAUUUGUUUCAACUGCUGCAAUUCCUUAUUUUGGUGAUAUUAAUAGAGAUACUUAUAUGCGUUAUAUGGAAUCUCCUUUACCAUUAGCUUAUUAUUUUUAUAAUACUGAAGAAGAAAGAGCUGCUGUUGCUGAUAAAUUUGCUGCUUUAGGUAAAUUAUAUAAGGGAAGAAUUAAUUUUGUUGGUUUAGAUGCUUCACAAUUUGCUAAACAUGCAGAAAUGAUUAAUAUGAAUCCUGAUAUUAUUCCAUUAUUUGCAAUUCAAGAUGUUGUUAAUAAUAAAAAAUAUGGAAUUGAUCAAAUUGAAAAUCCAAAUGGUCCAACUUUUGAACAAAUUCAACAAUUUGUUUCUGAUUAUGUUGCAGGAGAUUUAAGUCCAAAUAUUAAAUCAGAAAAAUUACCAAAUGAAGAAGAAAUUGCUGAAAAUCCUGUUCGUAAAUUAGUUGCUCAUAAUCAUCAAGAAAUUUUACUGGAUGUUUCAAAGGAUAUCUUUGUUAAAUAUUAUGCUCCAUGGUGUGGACAUUGUAUUUCUUUAGCUCCAAUUUGGGAAGAAUUAGCUGGUAUUUAUGAUUCUAAUAAACCUGAUGCUAAAGUUGUUGUUGCUGAUCUUGAUUUUACUAAUAAUGAUGUUACUAUUCCAUUUACAAUUGAAGGUUAUCCAACCAUUGUAUUAUAUCCUGCUAAUGGAGAAAUUGAUGAACAAACUGGUUUAAGAAUUCCAGUCUUUUAUAAAGGUCCAAGAGAAUUAGAACCAUUAAUUGAUUUUAUUAAAGAAAAUGGUUCAUUAGGUAUUGAUGGUAGAGAAUUACAAGAAGCUAAGGGAGUUGUUGAAGAAGGUAUUACUGAAGAAGAUGAUGAAGUUGCUGAAGAAAGUGCUAAAAAUGAUGAUGCUGAAGAAGUAGAAGAAGAAGAUGUUGACCAUGAUGAAUUAUAAUUAUAAUUAUAAUCAUGAUACAUGAUCAUUUUUACCCUUACUCCUUAUUACUGUUACUGUUACUGUUACUGUUUGUAGGCUUAUAUUGAAUAUGAAGUAAAUACAUACAUAGUAUUAACUACUAAUUAGUAAUU